GUGAGUACCGGUAGUAAUGUCCUCUCACGCUUGCCGUAGAGGACCUUUUUGAAUCAGUGGCUCCUUCUGCUUGUUGUAUUUCUGGGCUUUCAGAAUUACUUUUAUAUUUUGUUGCUUUUAUCCGACCAUAACUUUCUACAAUGAACGUCCAACCUUCAAAUCCCAAUAAUCCAAUCGUGUUCUUUGAUGUGACCAUUGGAGGACAGGAGGUUGGAAGAAUGAAGAUUGAGCUGUUUGCUGAUGUUGUUCCUAAGACUGCAGAGAACUUUAGGCAGUUCUGCACUGGGGAGUUCAGGAAAGACGGUGUUCCGAUUGGAUACAAGGGUUGCACAUUUCACAGGGUGAUAAAGGACUUCAUGAUUCAAGGAGGUGACUUUGUUAAUGGAGACGGUACAGGGAUUUGCAGUAUCUACAGGGGUCCAUUCGCAGAUGAAAACUUCAAACUGAAGCAUUCUGCUCCUGGCCUGCUGUCUAUGGCAAAUAGUGGUCCAGGAACAAAUGGCUGCCAGUUUUUCAUCACUUGCACAAAGUGUGACUGGUUAGAUGGGAAACACGUAGUAUUUGGUAAAGUGGUGGACGGUUUGCUAGUCAUGAGAAAAAUUGAGAAUGUGCCUACCGGACCCAACAACAAACCAAAACUACCCAUAGUCAUUGCCCAGUGUGGAGAGAUGUAAAUUUUUUUUAUUUUUUUACCUUAUUGUAAUUACUGUGUAUCUGCAUGUGUGCAGACUUUUGAUAUAUUUCUUUUGGAAUAAAGAAAUGAGAUCAUCUGAUUUACUUUCUAAUAUACCAACA